GUCGGAAGCGAGAUUGUGUGUAGAUCUCUGUUUCUCAGCCGGCGAUGGCGCUUUCUUCUGCAUUCCAUGAAAGGCUUGAACAAAUGGAACACACUAGGAACCAACGCUUCUCACUCCUCCAGGCAGAGAAAUCACUUCAAGCGACCAAGUAUGAGGUGUUGGCGUCAAAGCUCACCAACAUUCGGUCCAUGGAACAAAGGUGCCUGGCGCUCGAUCAAAAGAUUGCGUCACAGAACUUCAAAAUUUCGGUUCUCAAUUCUGAGAUCGAGAGUCUCGAUGCAAAGCACCUUGAAGAUUCGCAGAAAUUAAGGGAUUUGAAAAGUGAGCUGGAAGAGCUAGAGGAGUUGGGGAAGGAGAAGGAGAGAUUUUAUGAAUUGAAGGGACUGGAAAUGACGGAUUUCAGGGAGAAAGUGGAGAGGUUUGUUGCUGAAUGCAGGACGCGAGUGAACGAAUUAAGGAAUCAUGUUGAUGAGCUCAGGUCGACGUUUUCGGAACUUCAUGGAAACAGUGGACAUUUUGACAACUGCAAGAUUGCUGCAGCUGAGAAGAGAAAAUCUGAACUUGUAGCGAUGAAAGAGAGUUUGAACAAGAAUUUGGCUUCCAAUUACCAACUAAGAGCACAAUAUGAAAAGCAGCUACAAAAUAUACUAGCUGCACACAAUGAAGACAGAAGGAUGAAGAAAUUAAACCAUGAAGCGAAGGAACAAGAGGCUGCUCAAUACAAUUUUGCACCAUCUCAAGUCAGAUAUAGCCACCUGAUCGCCUUUUUGUCCUUUCUAGAUCAUCCAGUAGCAUAUCAAUAUGCACCAAGGUUUUCUUCAAAAUAUCAAUACAUGGAACCAAAAUUUACCCAAAAUUUUUUUCCAAACUAAUUUGCCAAAAGACAUGGGACAUGAACCUGCCCAGAUCAGAACCCACAAGACCCAGAUCUUUUAAAAAAAUGAAUUUGGGCGUAAGGGUCUUUUCAACAUUGGUGAAGAGGAUUGGGGAUUUGGCACACGGGUAGCGAUUUGCGAUGGAGAUGGCCUGUGAUUUGGAGAAAUUGAAGAUGGAGACUGGUUUGAUAAGAGCAAGCUUCAGUUCUAGGUUUUGAGGAAAGAGAGAGAAGAUUUAUUUGAGACGAAGCUUUUGGAGAAUUUCCCCAAAAGAAAAUGUGCCACAUGUCAUCCAUUCAAUGAUUUGUGCGCACCACAUAAGUUGAAUGACGUGGUGUGCACAAACCACUUAAUAUUUUCUCCUACUUACUGCUAAUCAAAGUAAACAUUAAUUGAAUCUGUGGUAAGAAUGGAAUGACCAUAAUGUGAUCAAUCAAAGAUUGUGUGAAAACACAUCUUGCUUGGUAAAGGUUAAAAAAGUAAAAUAAUAGUAAAAAAAAGA